AUGGUCACCUCCGCACACUCCAUCCGCACUAUGGUCCUCCGUCUCGCCAUCCCUCUCCUACUCCUCGCGUCCUACGUCGCCGCCCAGACUCAGACCGUCGUCAUUGGCGGCGAGUCCAUCGUAGAAGCAAUCACCACCGACGAAGAUGGGCUUCCCACAACGCAAACUCUUCGCACCUUGACCACUACCGCUCUCACGACUACGACUACCGAUCUCGACGAUGAAGAUGAAGAGACCACAACUACUACCCCCGUGGAAGAUGAGGAGACUACGACUCAGCCUGUUGUCGGCCAGCCGGCAGAUACAUCCGGUGCUAAUGCAGGCGAUCCAACCCCCUUCACCUACACCACGCUCAUCGACGGCGAGUACCAGGAGGUCGAGGAUGUCUUCACUCCCAGCCUGAUGCAGACAGUCAUGCCCGACCCCACCUUCACCGGCAGCGAGAUGGCAUACUCGGAGUACACUGCGAUAUACACACAGAGUACGGAUGCGGCGAAUGCUGCUGCUACGCCUCAUGUGGCUGAGUGGUUUGCAACGGUGGCGGGUGGUUUGGUCGCGGGUGCUGCAGCUGUAGCGAUGUUGUAG